AUGAACAACAGACAGGUUCACAACAAUCCACCGGCCAGAACAGUUUAUCUGGGCUCCAUACCGUAUGACCAGACGGAAGAACAGAUCUUGGAUCUGUGCUCGAAUGUGGGACCAGUGGUACACUUAAAAAUGAUGUUCGACCAGCAAACGGGCAAAUCGAAGGGCUACGCCUUCGUGGAAUAUAGAGAUCUGGAGGCCAGCGCCAGUGCAGUGCGUAAUCUCAACGGAUACCAGCUGGGAAACAGACAUCUGAAAUGCGGUUAUUACGGCGGCGGAGACUCUGGAGUUUCAAGCUCAGCCAAUGGGGGAAACGGAGUACUUUCGGGACUGCAGAGUGACGAUGACAAGAACCCGGCAUUUGCUGGGCUGCCGCAAGGCGUGGAUGUGAACGUCAACAUGACAACGCCCGCAAUGAUGAUUUCCAGUGAGCUUUCCAAGGGUUCUCGAGAGGACCAGCUAGGACUGCUCCAGGACCUACAGAAGAUGGCACAAAAUAACUCUGAGCUAUUCACAAGCCUGUUGGAGCAAUUCCCACAGCUCAGCUUUGUCGUAGCGGAGCUUUUGUUGACAUCGGGAAUUAGCACAGUGGACGACCUGACGCAGCUAGCGGUGCAGCACAACGUUGCGAGCGGCAAUUCAGCCACCCCACAGGAUCUGCAAGCUCAAGAGCAGCAGAAGGAGCUGCUCAGGCAAGUGCUGCAACUUUCAGAUAGCGAGAUUAGCGUGCUCCCGGACGACGAGAAAAUGUCGCUGUGGGAGCUCAAACAGAAGGCAAUGCGAGGCGAAUUUGGCAUGAUAUAA